GUUGUAUUACAGUCCUUGAAUCUUGAUUUAGUUGCCGUUUGUGUAUAUUUUUAGUAACAGCUAUCAACUACUUCGUAGAGUAUGAGACACUUUACGGAACGACAAUAAACGGAACAUCAAAACUCUAAAUAAUGACAUCUAGUCGAAAGAUUUACUUUUUUCUGAUCUUAAUGACUCUCAUCUUCUGGGUGUCGGCCGAGAUUCACAGGGCUAAGAAAUUCAAUAGCCGCCAUACUAGGCGAUUUCAACGCGAACCUAUCACGAUUCUCGGACACGACAUAAAUACUUGGUUCUAUUCUCUGAUUGCGGCCGCCUUAGUUGGUCUUAGUGGUAUUUUCCCACUCCUAGUAAUCCCUUUGGAGAUAGGAAAGAACCUUAAGAAAGGAGCGUCAGCGGAUAGAUUACAACUCCUACUUAGUUUUGCUGUUGGAAGUUUACUUGGAGAUGUUUUCUUCCACCUGUUACCGGAAGCUUGGGCCCAUAUUCCUCAUGAUGAAAGUGGUAAAAUAGCAAUAAGAAAAGUUGGAUUUUGGGUGCUUUGUGGGUUGUUGGGUUUUUGGUUGAUUGAAAAAAUCUUUCCUGAUGAUGACGAAGAAAAAGAAGACAAUUCGUUAAAGAGAGACGUCAAUUGUGACAAAAAUGAUAAAGCAUCUUUUGCGGAUGAUGAUCUGAAAACUAAAGCUAAUCUAAAGAAAAGAAAGAUAAAUGACAGGAAAAACUUGAAUGAUAAAAGUGAAAUUAGAAAUGAGAAUAUUUCAAAAAUAUUUGUCUGCUUCUCCAACGUUUUUAAUUUUACAAGCAAAGGAAAACGUGUACAGAAGAGACCUGUUUGUAAAACGUCAGCCGCCGAAGAUAAUACUCAUAUAAAGACAACUGGAUGGCUAAAUCUAAUAGCUAACGUUAUAGAUAAUUUUACGCAUGGUUUAGCUGUUGCUGGAAGUUUUUGCGUUAGCAACAAGGUUGGUUUUAUAACGACUUUUGCUAUUUUACUCCACGAAAUUCCCCACGAAGUUGGUGAUUUUGCUAUACUUUUAAGAUCUGGAUUCGAUAGGUGGAGAGCUGCAAAAGCUCAAAUGUUAACAGCCACUGGCGGAAUGAUUGGAGCAAUUGUUGCUUUGUGCUCAGAAUCAGCGGAAAAGGCUGGCAAUAAAACGGCUUGGGUUCUACCAUUUACUUCCGGAGGAUUUCUAUACAUUGCUCUUUUAUCAAUUCUUCCUGAUCUACUCAAAGAAACAAACAUCCGGAAGAACGAAAAUGAGAAUAGGUUACUAAAUUGCUAUAAGAACGAGAUAAAAAGUAUCCUUGAAAAUGUUCGAAUAAAAGCAGUUCGUUCAGUAUUUUUUGGGGGAGGUACACCUAGCUUAGCCGAACCAAAGACUAUAAAGGGAAUAAUUACAGAAAUAGUUCAAAAUGUUGAAAUUCUUAAAGAUCAUGAAUUUACAUUAGAAAUAAAUCCAACAAAUGUUGAAUCAAACAAGUUGAAUGAAUUUAAAAACUCGGGAAUAAAUAGAUUAUCAAUUGGCGUUCAGAGUUUAAAUGCUGAAGAUCUAUUUAUUCUAAAUCGAAACCAUAGUAGAAAAGAUGCUCUCAGAAUAUCUGUUGAUUUAAUGUUUGGCCUUCCCAAUCAGAAUAUAAAAGAAUGGGAAAAUCAAUUAAAAUUGAUAUUAGAAAUGGGAGUUAAUCAUAUUUCUUUAUAUCAAUUAACGUUAGAAAGAGGAACGGCACUCUUUAAAUUAUGGGAAAAUGAUAAAUUAAAUAUUCCAAAGACUGAUGAAAUAAUUGAUAUGUAUGAAAUUUCUGUUGAAACUUGUAAAAGCUAUGGAUUAUCUAGAUAUGAAGUAUCUAAUUUUAGUUUGAAAGAAUAUGAAAGUAUUCAUAAUAAAUCUUACUGGCAGGGAUUGCAGUAUGCUGGUAUAGGGCCAGGUGCACAUAGUAGACUAAUGAAAGAUUGCGUAAGACAUUCUCAUAUUCAAACGUUAGAGCCGGAACCUUGGAUGAGAGAGGUGGAAAAAUACGGUCAUGGUACUAGAAAGAUUGUUAAAAUGAAACUCGUCGAUGUUCUUAUUGAGUUACUUGUAUUAGGCCUAAGAACUGAAAUUGGUUUGAACUCUCAAGUUUGGGAUCUAUUUUCAUCAAUUAAACUAACAGAAAUGUUUGAUAAUGAAGAUAUUAAAUUACUGGUCGACAAUAACUUUUUAAUCUUGGACGAAAUGUAA